AUGAGAGAUGCUGCGGAUGACCUCGAAUGGGCUGCCACCCUAUUCCAUGCGGACCUGAAUGCGCGCCUCAAAGGGGUGUUGCAGCCCAAGAUGAAGGAGGAAUAUGGCUACUUGGAGAAUGUAAAGGCGGUGUUCCUUCAUCCUAACAACGACAGACUGCGGGGCAAUGCACGACUCAUAUUUAAGGGGGUAGACAACUAUGAUCUCGGCGGGAUUGGAGAACUACGUAUGUGGUACGUCAAUGAGACCAGUGAGGAGAAGGGAUUUCCGGGUGAGAACUAUUGGAAACAGCAGGGAUACUCAUCUCCUGAGGAGCUAGCGGAUCUCCUUCGCGUGGAUCGUGCGGAUUCCACAUGGGGAUUUGAUUUCGCCUGA